GCUUCACAGCUGCUGAGGGGAGCACGGAGGGCCGGAGCCGGAGGGAGACCCAGCCCAGAGCCAAGGAGCCGGGAAACAGGGGUGCCUCAGAACCGGGAAGUCGUCGGACCGAGGGCCCAAGUCCAAAGCACCUGGGGCUCCUCUCUCCAGGCCAUGAAGCUCGUGCGACUGUUCAUGCUCGCUCUGAUGACAGGGCAUGUGGGAGGAGAGACCAGGAUCAUCAAGGGGUACGAGUGCCGCCCCCAUUCGCAACCUUGGCAGGUGGCCCUGUUCCAGAAAACCCGGCUGCUGUGUGGGGCCACGCUCAUCGCCCCCAGAUGGCUCCUGACUGCCGCACACUGCCGCAAGCCGUGGGCGUCUUCCCUUGUGUCCACCCUCCCCCCACCAUGUCUCUGUCCACCUCCCACCUCUGAACACCCCCUUCCUCACCUCAGCCGGUACUUAGUCCAUCUGGGAGAGCACAACCUCCAGCGACAGGAUGGCUGUGAGCAGAUGCGGACAGCCACGGAGUCCUUCCCGCACCCUGACUUCAACAACAGCCUCCCCAACAAAGACCACCGCAAUGACAUCAUGUUGGUGAAGAUGGCCACGCCUGCCCUCAUCACCCGGGCAGUGAGGCCCCUCACCCUGUCGUCACGCUGUGUCGCUGCUGGCACCCGCUGCCUCAUCUCUGGCUGGGGCACCACAUCCAGCCCCCAGUUGCACCUGCCCCACACCCUGCGAUGCGCCAACAUCACCAUCAUCGAGCAUAAGGAGUGUGAGAACGCCUACCCCGGCAACAUCACAGACACCAUGGUGUGUGCCAGCGUCCGGGAAGAGGGCAAAGACUCCUGCCAGGGUGAUUCUGGAGGCCCUCUGGUCUGCAAUGGGUCUCUUCAAGGCAUUAUCUCUUGGGGCCAGGAUCCAUGUGCUGUCACCAAAAAGCCUGGCGUCUACACGAAAGUCUGCAAAUAUGUGGACUGGAUUCAUGAGACUAUGAACAGGAAUUAG